AUGAAGCAUGGCUUUAUGGUCAUGCUGCUCUUGUCCUACUUGUCUUGCUCGAGCUCCUUUUCUGGAACCAUGAACCCGCAGCAUCGAGGGAACUACGUGCGUCAGUGUAAGUCCGAGGAAAUUCUUCGGCAUGGUGAUGAGGCAGGGCACCUGAUUAUGGACAAGCUCUUGUCCAACACGUUCGACGCCAUCAUGCGGCAGAAGAAUCUUGACUCGUCGAGUGUCUCGGCCACUUCCUCGACCUCUUGCAUGAGGGAGCUCACAAGGAAGUCGAUCAACGCCAAGGAAGGGGCCGCGAAAGUCCUCGGGGAUGAUCUUCAAAAGUCGUCUUGGGGGGGAGGGAGCGCGGAGGGGAUCGAACAACCAAAAGCAAACCUGAAACAGGAGGAGCAGGGAGUGAAAGAAGAAAUGCCUGUGAAGCCGAAAGCUCAUAUCAGACUUCAAGACAGCAGCGUAUCGACAGACAGUCUGCCGACGAAGGCGUUGGACGAGGGUCCUAGCAGUCUGCUGCAGCAGCAGGAGAAGUUGAGGAAGUCGGAGGCGGCGGUGGAGUGUGAGGGGAUGAGGCGGUCAGAGCUGGAGGAGCAGGUCCUCUCGCUCUCGAGGCUCGUGCUGGACAUGGAGGCGAAGCAGGGGAAGGAGACGGGGCGGGUGAGAGAGCUCGAGCUCGCCCUGGAGGAGGAGAGCAGGAGGCAUCGGGAGACUUGCCAGGUGCUCAGGUGGGAACGCGAGCAGAAGCUGCUGCAGGAGCAGGAGAGGCUCGUGAACCAGCGGGUGGCUGCCCUGAGGGAGGGAGCGAGCGAGGUGAAGGCGCAGGAGCAGGGAGACGCGCUGCCCCCCUUCUGGAUCCGAUCCUCCCUGAGCAUACUCCAGAGGAACGUAGAGGAGAUGAACAGGCUGGUGGCAGAUGCUGUGGGAGGGUCUCAGCACUACCAGGAGGCUCAGGAGGGGGAGGGGCAUGUGGAGGACACCAUGUCGUGGACGUGGGAAGGGAUCGAGGAUGUUCUGCUCCGGAGCUCCUCCGCCUGCUCCAAUGUCGUCAGUGUCCUAAGGCAAAGGAAGCAGGUGGCGGUACCCAGGAGCGUGACGAUGAUGAUUCAGGAGAUUGAAGAGAGGAGCAUGAGCAUCGACGAGAGGCUGGAGAAACUCGAGCACGAGGUCGAAGUGUUUGUUAGGCAUGAGGGAGGACCACGAGAGGAAGGCGGAGAGAAGGAGACCGUGACGGUAGCGGAUUGGAUGGUCAUGUUGGAGAGUGAGAAGGGAUGA